AUGGCAAGUGUCAAGGAGGCCGUGAAGGAAUCGCUGGUGGGAACUACUGAGGAGGAGCCCCAGCUCUCGCAGCAGAUCAAGGCGCACUUCACGCAGCACGCACGCAAGGAUGAGCAAACUGGAGAAUUGUACAUGACAGAAGAGGAUUUCAUUGAUGCUAUUGCGCCAAAGAACCAAGACUACACCCGCACUGACUCAUAUGGUUUCCUGGACGCGCAGCACAAGAUCAAACGAGACCAGUACGGGAUCCUUUUCCGAGUUGCAGACAGGAGGAGGGCUGGACGGAUCAAUCUUACAGACUGGGCCGCCUUUGAGAACCUCCUGGCUAAGCCUGAUGCUGAGUAUGAGAUCGCAUUCCGGCUAUUUGAUGUGGAUGGGACGGGCUUCGUCAAGUUUGAUACAUUCAAACAGCUUUACGACCUCCACAAGGGCAAAGACAGCAUACCGUUCGACUGGAAUUCCGAAUGGGCUUCUCUGUAUAUCGGGCGCAAAAAGUCUCGCCAUGAUAUGACAUAUCCGCAGUUUGCGCAGAUGCUCCGGGGUCUGCAGGGCGAGCGGAUAAGACAGGCAUUUCAUCUGUUUGACAAAGACGGCGAUGGCUACAUUGAUCCUGAGGAUUUCCAGCGCAUCAUCCUCGAGACAUCGAAGCACAAGCUGUCCGACUACUUGUUGGAGCAUCUUCCUACCCUUUGCAACAUCUCUACCGGUAGCAAGAUCUCCUAUGCCAAUGUUCGCGCUUUCCAGAACAUCAUCCGCGAAAUGGACAUGAUUGAUGUCAUUGUCCGGGAGGCGACGCGAAAGAGUCCGGACGGCAAGAUUACGCGGGCGGACUUCCUGAACGAGGCCGCGCGCAUCACCAAAUUCUCUCUUUUCACGCCCAUGGAAGCUGACAUUCUCUUCCACUUCGCGGGAUUGGAUGCGCCCAGUGGUCGGCUGUCGCGAAAGGAUUUCGCAAAGGUCAUCGAUGCAUCGUGGCAGACACCUGCGGCUGUAGCUGAUCAAGCAGUCUCGGCUGUUUCAGGGGCUGCUAGCGAGGCGGCGAACAAGACGAAAUCUGUGCUGUACAACGUGUUGGAGUCUGUCCACCAUUUCGCGCUCGGAAGUCUUGCUGGAGCUUUCGGCGCAUUCAUGGUCUAUCCAAUUGACCUGGUCAAGACUCGGAUGCAGAACCAGCGGAGCACUCGUGUAGGCGAAAGACUGUACAACAACUCGCUGGACUGCGCGAAGAAGGUGCUGCGGAACGAGGGUGUUCGUGGUCUGUAUUCUGGUGUCUUGCCGCAGCUGAUUGGCGUGGCCCCAGAGAAAGCCAUCAAGCUUACUGUCAACGAUCUUGUUCGUGGUUGGGCCACCGACCAACAGACAGGGAACAUCAAGGUGCCUUGGGAGAUCGUGGCUGGUGGUUCGGCAGGAGCUUGCCAAGUUAUUUUCACCAAUCCCCUUGAGAUUGUCAAGAUCCGUCUCCAGGUUCAGGGUGAGAUUGCCAAGAGCGUUGAAGGUGCUCCUCGUCGCUCGGCAAUGUGGAUUGUGAAGAAUCUGGGCCUGGUUGGCUUGUACAAGGGUGCCAGUGCCUGUCUUCUCCGUGAUGUUCCGUUCUCCGCCAUUUACUUCCCUACCUAUUCCCACUUGAAGUCCGACUUCUUUGGAGAGUCGCCGACGAAGAAGCUUGGCAUUGUGCAGCUGCUUACUGCUGGUGCCAUUGCAGGCAUGCCUGCAGCCUACCUGACCACUCCCUGUGAUGUGAUCAAGACCCGUCUGCAAGUGGAAGCCCGCAAGGGAGAGACGAAGUACACAUCGCUGCGGCAUUGCGCGAAGACCAUCUGGAAGGAAGAAGGUUUUAGAGCGUUCUUUAAGGGUGGCCCAGCCCGUAUUGUUCGUUCUUCUCCACAGUUCGGCUUUACUUUGGCAGCGUACGAAGUCCUCCAGAAGCUGUUCCCGAUGCCUGGGUCUGAGGACACCGCACCGGCCGGCAGCAUGACCGAUCCCAAUUCUGCUGUGCCUGUCACCAAUGCUCCUCUUCCCUAUCUGCGGUCAAGAAACGCCCUCAAGCUGAUCCUGGAUUUGGAUCAGAACUUCGGCCGCAUCAAGAUCCCCGAGGGCUCUUCCCUCCCCAAGAUCUUCGGAACGUCCAAACAGUGA